AACUCCAUGUUAUAAAAAGGUUAACUCCAGUAAAGGUUAAGUCCAGUUAACAGUUUAGUCUAGUUUAGUCCUGUUUAGUCCUGGUUUGGACCUGUUUAAGUCUUGGUUUAGUCCUGGUGCAGGGACUUGAACACUGACUGAAGAUGUUUCUGUUUUCUUCAGUUCUGAUGAUGCUGUGGACUGAGAGUCAGGGCCUCAGGGUAAGUCCAGACCGGUCCCCGUUGUUCCGUUGGGACUCGGUGGUCUUGUACUGUGAAAACCCGGACUGGAUCCUGCUCCGGACCACACGACUGGAUUCGGGGACGCGCUGUGGAGAAAGCUGGGGUGAACCGCGAGAGAUUCAGUGUUUUCUCCCCUACAUUGACCCCAUGGACAGUGGCUGGUACUGGUGUGAGAGCAGAGACGGCCAGAGCCAAGGGGGGCGCAACAUCACUGUCACAGAUCAAUUUGGUCCGCGAGCUGAGACUCCACCCCCCUUCACUGAGACUCUGUCUCCAGAUGAAUACACCCCGUCCCUUUCCACAGAAGCGUCACCCUCCUCAGAGCGCCCUCCGGCUGUGGCUCUGCUCUGCCACCUGUUGAUGCUGUGUCCCUAUGUGGUGUCCACUGUGAUCAUGCUCUCUCUCUGCAGACACAUGCACUCAGGAAACCAGGAGCAGCCCAUAAUAAUGAUGUCACUAAGAGAAGCAGAAAGGGAAUUGGAUGAGCACGUCGAUAACAUCACAGUGGUCACUACAGAGUACUGCUUCUGAAGUUUUUAUUUUUAAUAAAGGGCCCAUAUUCCUCUAUUUUCUGAUUUAUGUUAUCAUGUUGUUUCCUCACCAAAAACAUACCCAGAGUGCAUCGUUCUGUUUUCACUCGCAUGUUUAACACAAAAGCCCUGCAUAUUUAGGCUGUGUUCUUUCAGAAAACUUGAGAUGUCAUGUGAUAAUACAGGAAGUGCUCCACUGUGUGUGUCCAUGCUUAAGCUCACUU